AUGGAUCACUGGAAGCAGCGCGUCAGCAGCAUCCUGGCGGACAGGAACUCUGACAACGUGGCUGUCGCGGGCCUCGCUGAGAACAGGUGCGUGUGGGCGGCCAAGCCAGGAGGGCUCCUUGCCGCCAUCUCGCCUCAAGAAGUGGGCUUGAUCGUGGGCCAGGAUUGGAAAACGUUCCUCCUAAUGGGAAUGACCAUAGCUGGCAAAAAGGGCAGUGUGAUUCGCAACAACCUGCUGGUGGAUAAAGACAACAUGAUGGAUGUCAGAAGCAAAGGCAGCAACAGCAGAUCCAUCUGUAUUGGCAAGACCCCCAGAGCCCUGAUCUUCCUCACGGGCAAGAAGGGAGUCCAUGGAGGAGCCCUCAACCAAAAGGUCCACGAUAUGAUUGCGGGCAUGAAAGCAUGA